AUGAGCACCAUAACACUGAUACAGCUUCCACCAGAAAUUUUGUGCCAUGUACUGGCAUUUCUCGAUGCAUACGACCUAAUGAGGAUACGAAAGACAAGCAAAAGGUUGAAAGAAAUUGUAGACGACUCGGAGAUGCUGCAAUACACCAUCGAUCUCAGUUACUUCCAAAUGAUUCCAGUUGGACCCUCGGAAACGGACGUGCCACCAGCUACGCUUCGUAAACAACUUGGGCUGUAUAACGCUGCGUGGCAGCGCGCCGAAUACGAAUGGAAGUGCUCGCUCCCCUCAUUGAUGCUAGGACAGAUAUAUGCGUUCGGGGGUGGCAUAUACGGUUCAGCUGGGGAGAACUGCAUCUCCUUUGCUCGGCUGCCUUCCGCGUCUGAUUCUGGUGAUCUAUAUUAUUGGAGUCACCCUGUCGAUGUACCGGCUUUGGUGGACUUCACUUUCUGUGCUGCGCAAGACUUGCUUAUUAUAGUGUCACGCCCACCAGACUUGCAAAGUUAUGUAUACGAUGUCCAUCUUAGGUCGCUGACGACGAACGACACCCACCCUGACGCAGCGCAACCAUCCCUGAAAGCACUCGACGAAGAUGAUGUUGGUCGCCGAAUAUUGGAUCCCAUAGGUCAUGUGAAGGUCCAAAUCGUCGGGAAUUACAUUAGCAUGCUUUGUCGUGACGCUAUCGGAAGCAUGGGCAACGUCUUGGACUGCAUACAACUGUGGGACUGGAAAUCCGAAGAGGGCUAUCAGUUCAUUCUUUUGUUCGACUGUGGUAUCAGCGACUGCUCCUUCAUUACAGAGGAUAGGUUCCUCGCCCUUGUUGCUUCAGGGACUGUGGAAAUAUAUUCCAUCGCCGACAAGUCAAAGCCCCCACAAUGCACCGCAAGAAUCUCCUUACCUUCUCUCAUGGAUGACUUUUUAUACACAGAUAUGUUCACGAAUGACAAUCCAACUCCCGAUUCUACGUUUCCCUAUUCUCGAAAAUCCUACCUCCAACCUUCAUGCUCAUUUCAUCCGAGUAUGGACGACCAACUCAUAGCCAUCCUUGUUUGCGUUACUCCGCGAUCGAACACAAACGACCUGCUCUUUUGCCGCUUUGUUGUUCGGCGUAGCGCCAUUUUAGAACUCGAAGGUUUAUUUGCCAGGACUUACGAUCAAUCGAGUUCGAAUGGUUCCAGGUUACUUUGGUCGACGUGGGGACCACAGCAUGCGGCAUGGUUUCGUGUUCGACAGAAUGAGUACUGGCAACCUUCGCACUAUGGUUUCCGCACUGUGGAGGUUAUUGAUGGAAGCCCCUUCCACUCAUCAGACUCGGACGAGGCCCGUCGGCUGUGUAUCAGAGAUUUCAAUCCGCACAUCGCUUGGAAUUAUGGCGCGGUAGAUAUGCCAGGGUUUUAUGAUCGAAUUGUACGAGGCGAGGUGGAUAGAAUGAUCUCAUAUCCGUUUACGGAACCGCUGGGGUCUGCACUAACGUAUCGGGAGGUUUUUAGCGAUAGGCUGUUUGACGGGGCAGAGAUUUUGAUGGACGAAAGUAGGAUUCUGCUGGUGAAAGUGAGUCGCAACUUGCCCUUGGUUCCCUGUAUUGACAACGAAUUGUGGUAG